AUGAAGGUGCACCAUGGACGUGGCCCUCGAAAGUACUACGAGCCAAAGGACCGCGAACUCGACAUUCAUGUUCUGGAGUCUACUGCAUACCGGCGACUAAAGCAGCACGGUUUAUGUGACCGGGGACUGGUCCCCCAAUUCUAUGGAACCAUCGAAAAAAUAGAUCCGUGGUGUUAUCAACCAGAUCUGAAAGACUUCCUUGAGGAUAUAUAUCCUCCCAGCGCAAUUCUUCUGGAAUACAUCCCAGAUCUUGAGAUGAUCCAACUGCAGAACUACACGAAUAAACGGAUGGAUAACUUGAUUGAGGGUCUCAAAGAGCUGCACAAGGCGCUUAUCCGACAUGGGGAUCCUAAGCCGAGAAAUAUGAUGGUGGUCAAGAAUGACCCUGAAAGAGUGAUUUGGAUAGACUUUGAUAGAGCUGAGACCUAUGACCAAGACCAAAUGACCCAGAAGCAAAAGGCUCUCAUAAAAGAGGAAGAGGAGAUAGUUAUCAGCUUCAAGGACUGCUUAGAGGCUGAUUACGCAAAGGGAAAGCUUGAAGAAGCUUAUAUCUUUUACUGUACUUAA